AUGAACAGUCCCAGACUCGAGCUGCCAGACUUUGACAAGUUUGCAGUGUCGUUUGAUGAACUUUUGCAAAAGGGCAUCGCAGUCAAGAUCGAAAGAGGCGAUCCGAAGCGAGGCCACCCGCAGCACCUCAUCUUGGACCCGGCCACAUUCAGAGAACGGUACCCAUGGACAGACAUUCCGUCGCCGUCUAUCCAAUUGUCCACCAAGGAACUCGAGGUAGCCCCGCGACCUCCUCUCUACAAGGACAAGAAGAGGGUCAUCGUUUUCGUGGGGUUGAUGCUUGCCUGGUUAUUUAAAGGAUUUGAUGAUACGGUCAUAACAACAAUUGUGCCUGCCUUGUGUCGCAAAUUCGACAGUCUCCCACAGAUAGCAUGGUUCUCAGCAGCGUACUUCUUGCCGCAGGCAUGUUUGUACAUUGGAUUCGGAAAGUUGGCACAAGUAACAAACUUGCGGUGGAUGGCCUUGUUUGAUGGUCUCGUCCUCACCAUCGGUUCCGUGAUAUGCAUAAUAGCAAGCUCAGCCCCAGUGUUUAUUAUAGGACGGGUGGUAACGGGGAUUGGUAUUGCAGCGGGCGUUCCUCUUUGCGCAACUAUACUGAUUGAUAUCACGAGUCCCGAGGAGAGGGCCACGUACAUGGCAUCGUGCGUGGGCGUCGACGUGAUCAGUCUGGCUUUCGGCGCGCUGCUCGGUGGUUACUUGGAAACCAACAUGGACUAUCGGUGGGCAUUUGCCUUUACCAUCUUCGGCGCUAUUGUGUCUGUAGGCCUGAUUGCCGCAGCCUACGAGCAGCCGCCGCGAGAGACGGACGGCCUGCCGGCAAGCGAACAUCUCCGGCGGUUCGACUUUUUCGGCUUUGGCUUCCUGUCCAUGUUUAGCGUGUUGCUGUUGAUCGGGAUCCAGCUGGCGGCGCAGAACAAUCAAUGGCUGUCGGCUCCGGUCAUUGCCUGUUUGGCCGUGUCGGUCCUCAUGUUCUCGUGCUUUGUCUUGCAGCAGAUCAAGUACGAUGAUCCCGACAAUAGGCUUUUGCCCCGCGGCUUGUUCAAUCGCGAUGUGUCGCUGCUGAUGGCGUUUGGCUUCUUUGUCAUGUUUGCCAUGUAUGGCGUAUAUUAUUAUUUGUCGACAUAUUUCCAGACCGUAAAGGGACUGUCGUCUUUCGACGCGGCAGUAUCUCUCUUGGCCUUCUUUUUGGCUUCAGGAUUUUCGAGCAUCGCGACCGGUGCCUCCAUGAUGUGGCUGCCCUACGCCAACAUUAUCAUACUUGUAGCAUCGACACUCGCAGUGGUCGGCACCUUUCUCCUGACCACGAUGAACGAAUACACAGAACCGCUACAUGCAGGCCUUCUGAGCAUCAUAUCCGCCGUGGGAUUCGGAGCGUCGCAGACCCUGGCUAUUGUUUUUUCUCAAAGCUGGGCAGCGCCCAAGCACCAGUCCUUUAUCGUUUCGGUAGCGUUGAUGGUGCAGCUAUUUGGCGGAACGCUGGGCCUCGUACUGGGAGGAUCGGUAUUGAAUACCCAAAUAUUGUACAGAGUGGAGGAACUGGACGGCAAGUUGACAGGAGACCAAAUCUCGGCGGUUACGCAGGCGCUCGCUAUGCCUGAUCGGAUUCGGGAAUUUGUUCCAGAUGAUUUGAUUGAACCGCUCUUGAGUGUGUUUUCAUCGUCCAUACAGACUGUGUUUUACGCCUGUUCAGCAGCGGUCAGCAUUGCGUGGAUCCUGUCUGUGUGCAUGAGGUGGCACAAGAUGAAGUAA